CGCCGCCAUCGAGAGUGGCCGUGUCGCCCACGAGCGCGAGCACUAUCCUCCGAUCGCGAAAAAAGUUUUACACUCGAAACUUUCUUGACUUUCCUUUCAACACGAACAUUGUUGAACUGGAACUGUCCAAUUUUCAUCCAGCAAACGUUAAGUGACCUUACAUAAAACCGGAAUUCGGCAACCCGAGAACAAGUUUGUCUCCGGUCAGGACAUUCGUGCAGUGAUAACUUUAUUUUCAGUGCCGUGGAUUAGUGUCCUAACUGGAUUAUCAUUGCCGUUAUAGUUUGAGGAGGACUUCUCAUUGCCUCAUUUGGUCGGCCAUUACAACAGUGCUAUCAAAAUUUGCAAGCAUGCCGCCGCCCGUGUAAGUCAUGAGCGGUCGCGGAGCGGGUGGGCAGCGCUGCCAGCUGAUCCUACAGCGCUGCCUGGCCAUACAGCUCACUAAGCCGGGCAGCGCGCCUGACGACUUCUGGAUGUACGACUCCGGCUAUCUACUGUUUCAGAGUUUCCUCGCGGCAAAUGCAAAAUGUUGGUGGGCAGGGCCAUUGGCCGCAGCAACUGCAGAUCUGCGGUACGCCGGGUACGUGUCUCCAGGAGUGCUGCUCGUGGCUGGAGCCCCCCGAGCACUGGAGACCGUGCGGGGGGCGUACUCCCGGUCCGUCCUGAAACCACCGCCCACCUAUCUUAUAUGUGGCCUAGGAGAUAUUGAAGACUGUAUUGUGACUCCAGCAUAUCAAGGACAGUUCACACCGCUGCCGGAAGCUCUCUGCGACUGUAUUAUGGACUUAACGUCACAGGGACAAUCAGCCACAUUGGAAAGUAUACGUACCUCCCUCUCGUCGAAGUUCCCGUCGAUGCAGACUCCAUCGCAGGACAUGGUGUAUGAUACGCUAGCCCAGCUGAUGCAGGAGAGGAAGAUCUACCAGACCUCGAGGGGCUUCUUCAUUGUUACUCCAGAACGACGUCGGUCAAGAUCCCGAUCAUCCUCUCGGUACCCCUCGACUGAAGAUGAAUGCAGCUCACCAAGAACCAUCCUGAUGUCAGACCAGGAGGCUCUGCAUCACCUGUAUGGAGAGAUAACCACCGUGCGCGACGGAGCCGUCACGCACCAAUGUGUCCAGACGAAUUUAGCUGAUGUCAUCUGUGGUGGCAACCCAAACGACAAAGUCCUGUACGGGCGCCCCAACAAGCGGCGCAGUGCGUCAUUCCCCGCGCCCCGCUCGCUGGACCGGCGCCACUCGCUGCGUAUCUUCGGCUCCUCCAGCAAGUAUCUCCAGCGGUGCGCGUCCACUCGCAGCCUGCACCACAAACACGCAAACACAACUGACAGCUCCUCGUCUACAGACUAUCCGCCGAGCGUUGAAUCUGCCUCGCCCAAAAAAGUGUCGUUGCUCUCCCGCUUAUUCAGACGAAGCGGCCGCAGCAAGCAAACGCGCGCGACUAGCACGUUCUCGGCACAGUUCCCGCCCACCGAGUGGUUCAACUCCAAGGCGGUACAUCUGCACUGUGUCGCCACACAGACAGAUUCUAAGGAAUCCUUGCAGAGUCAUGCAUCCUACGUUUCAUCGUACUACGACGGUUCGGAGAUCAGCAACCGAUCAUCGACACUGCCCAGAAGGCAUAAACGACAUCUUUCAACCGAAUCAGGCAUUGCAGGUUCGGUCCACUACGACCACUCUCCAGGACGACACUCCAGUCCCAGUUCAGGAAGCCUACCUAGAUCCACACUGAGCAGGAGUUCUACAAAUAAGACAAUUCUAGACCAUUUUGGGUCGCCACAAAGAUCUAGCGACUCUAAAUUAAGAGAAAGUUCCAGUGGGAGUUUAAGACGAGUAGAUUAUUCAGAUCACGUGAUGUCAACUAGCGGCCCGUCUAGUUUAGAGAGCACGACUACACAGCGGACACCAAGAAAAGAUAGUCGAAACGCACUGUCCGAUCAAAACUCGCCAUUGAAGAGGAACUAUAAUACAGGAAGCAGCAGCGGUCAUUCCAGUCUCGAAUCACACAUUUCAGACCGAACGUUGAAACCUUCACCUAGUCAUAAUAAUGGAGCACCGGGGCUAAGCAGAGCACAGUCGCUAGUAAAAGUACAAAGCUUACAGAGUUCCCCUAAGAGCUUACACAAGUAUAGAACAAAGCCACCUAUAGUGGGAGGAGAAACAGUAAAAAAUGGCAAAAAUACUUCACCGAGAACUUCUCCAAAAAACUGCCCAAGUACACCCAAAAAACCUACAACUCCAUUGCACAAUAAAAAUCUAGGAGCUAAAGGUGAGAAUCCUGCUACUACAAUGCUCGCAAGUUCAAACUCUAACAAUUCAAUAACAUUGAAGGUAACAACAAACACCCUAUCGCAAAACGGAGGAACAAAUACGAAAGUAUACGUACAAAACUCACCGGUACGAUCGGUAAUAACGUUCGAGAACGGCAAAGUUACUGAAACGAGUAAUGGUAGUAAUAUUUAUAUAAUUAACGACGACCGCCAAGUAGUAUCAGUGUCCCAAAACGGUUUGUCCAACGGAACCAAAAACCCUAAAGAUACUUCCUUUGAUGUAUCUGUUGAGAAUAAUAAGCCAAAAUUCAAGGAAACAGACUCAGCUAAGGUUCAGGACAACAAAUUCAAUAAAAAUUCCAUGAAUGAAGCGAGCAUGAAUAAUAACCGAAAAUUGUCUUUACAAGUAGGUUCAAAUAACAAUAACAGUUUUGUAUACAAAAACCAGCUGAAUAAUACAAAUGACAUAACAUCAAACCCACAAUCACCUGCUAUUCACAAUAAUAUUCACAACGUAGAAGCAUUGACUAACAGCAAUCCGUCAACUCCAACAAAAAGCUACGACAAUAUAAUUGGUUCUUUAGGAAGCUUGCGGUACCAAAAAAACUCUUUAAUAUCAGGUAAUACUGGAAUGCAAACAAAUUUCAAUUCUAACAGUGAACUUAAAAGCGUCGAUUUAUUAAAGAAGGCAGCUGCAUUACAAAUGCUAAAUGGUCUUCCAAACAAUAGAAUGAGUUCAGAAUCAAUAGCAAACCUACUGACAAAGGGCAUUGAUCCAAAACAAACAGUUUUAGGUUCAGAACCUAAUCUGGCACUCAAAAAUCAGGAUUCAUUUAAAGAUGUAAAUACAUCUUCAGAAAAACUUAAUGGUAUUGAUACAAAACAAAAAAGGUACAGUUUAAGCCAAGACGGCAAGAAAGACAAUCAGGAUUUUUACAACUUUCCAAGUCUAAGUGACUUGAGCUUUAACUUUACUAGUUUAGCUGCACAGAAGAUUUUAAAAGGUGUGAGUAUCAAUAGUGUGGAUACAUUAGUCGAGCUUAACAUGGCUGCAAAUCAUUCAGAUAAACAAAAUAAUUGUGAUGUCAAUGGUGUGUGUACGGAUUUUGGUCUUGUAUAGUCGUAAUGAUAAAUACUUUUAUGAAAUGUACAAUAGUAGACUUAAUAAUAUAAUAUGAUAUAAGCUAGAUAUUAACAAGUAAUAACAAAACUAGAUAUGCACUACAUAAUUUUAGUAGGUAUUCUCUUAUAUUUUGUACUCUUUUAAUUCAGAGUGUAAGUAAUCUGUCAUUAUAUCCUAUGAAAUUUAGUCACUGUACUCAAUACUAAUUUAUUACCUUAAUGUGUUUUCAGUAACUUCAUACACUUAUAUAAAUUAUCUGCUAUAUUAUUAUAGAAUUGUAUUUAAAGGAUUGUACGACAAUAAGUCAUUGUGGCCUGAAAUAAGCCAUCCAGAUAUGAAAUUUAGUGCCUAAAAUAGUAAAAAUAAUUAUUCUGUCAGUAUUUAUAGCAUGUUAUCUAUUAUCCACUAACCCUUAGUACAUAUCUAUAAAUAUCAGAUUCUCUAAUUUACCUUUGGAAUAACUGCACUUCAUUUUGUGCCAUCAUAUUUCCAGUGCAAGAGCUGAGUACAAAGUAGACUACCUUUUCAUGAAAACAGAUUCCAUCCAAUGAUGGGAAUUUAGGAAUGAGAUAAUGUCAAGUUUAAGUGCCAUAAACAUAAUGUAUUUGGGAGAUGAGAAUCAGGCAAUGGAUUGGAAUAUUUUUAUGUUAUUUGGUCAGCACUUAGUGUUGUACCAUUGGUAAUAUUUAUUUACUAGGAAAUGUAAUCGAAAGUCAAUGCAUUUUAGUGUAAGGUUUCAGUUACGCCAUUUGUAAAAAUGUAUUAACAAUAAAAAGUUGAUGCUUUAUAUAAA